AUGUCGGAGGAGAGUGAUGCAUCCAAACUAGGCUCCAAGCUACACAAUCAAGAAAUGAUGGGGGAAUUCCAACGCAUGCUUAGGGAAUCUAUGGCAUCACUACACCAACGGAUGGACCGCUUAGAGCUUUCUCAAGCUCGGUCCAACGCAGCUCAUCGAGAUGCACCAUCUCGCGAGGAGUUCGCUUCUAAUAGCGAGGAAGAUGACUUCAUCCGUCAGCCUAAACAGGACUACCGGAGGACCGAUGACGGAUUAAAAGGAGUCAAGAUCAAGAUUCCCGCAUUCCAAGGCAAGUCUAGUCCGGAGGCUUACCUAGAAUGGGAACAGCGAAUCGAGAUGGUAUUCGAGUGCCAGGACUACACCGAUGAUCAAAAAGUCAAACUGGCAACCCUCGACUUUACCGAUUACGCUAUUGUCUGGUGGGAGCAGGAGCGCACUAGCAGGUGCCGCAAUAGAGAACGACAAAUUAGUACAUGGGAGGAGUUACGAACCACUAUGAGGAAACGGUUUGUACCCAGCCAUUACUAUCGUGAUCUAUAUCAACGGCUCCAGACAUUAGUCCUAGGAAGCCGUACUGUGGAGGACUACUAUAAGGAGAUGGAGAUCACCAUGCUCCGAGCUGAUAUUGUUGAGGAUAGAGAGGCUACCAUGGCAAGAUUUCUCAACGGCUUAAGACCUGAGAUCGCCGAAUUGGUGGAGUUGCAAAACUACGUGGAUAUGCCUGAACUAAUUGAUAAGGCAUCCAAGAUCGAGAGGAGGCUUAAGAAGAGGGGUAACACUCGUAACCCUAGCUUCUCGGCAAUGCCUGCGUGGAGAGGCAACCCGACCUUCGAGCGGGAACGGCCUAGUCCAAGGGUGUCCAAGUUUACUCCUGAGACCGAACCACCCAAGCCAGCCCUAAAGGCAACUCCAAGGCCUCCAUUCGACUCUUCCAAGCCACAAAGCCGCGACAAAUGCUUCAAAUGCCAAGGAUUUGGACACAUUGCUUCUCAAUGUCCUAAUAGGCGUACCAUGAUUGUCCUACUGAGCGGAGAUGUCGUAUCGGACGAUGAGGAUGAAUUCGCCGAGAUGCCUCCAUUGACUGAUGAAGGUGAGGAUUCCGAGGAGGAGGUUGAGGCCACUACCGAGCAAGUGGGUGUUGCUCUAGUAGCCCGUCGGGCUCUUGCAACCCAAGUCAAGAAGGUGGAUGAGGCCCAACGUGAUAACAUCUUCUACACAAGAUGUCAUGUCAAGGAUAGAGUAUGUAGCCUCAUCAUCGACGCAGGUAGUUGUACAAAUGUGGCAAGCACUCUCAUGGUGGAUCAUCUUUCCUUGCCCACAUUAAGGCACCCUAACCCAUACCGCUUGCAAUGGCUCAAUGAGAGUGGCGAUAUCAAAGUCACCAAGCAAGUGGUAGUGCCUUUUCGAAUUAAGAAGUAUAAAGACGAGGUCCUUUGCGACGUCGUCCCAAUGCAAGCUUCUCACAUUUUGUUGGGACGGCCAUGGCAAUAUGACAAGAAGACUACUCAUGAUGGCUUCACCAACAAAUACUCCUUCUUGCACCACAACAAAAAGAUGACGCUUGUCCCUCUCACACCUCAACAGGUGCACGAAGACCAAUUACGAUUGCAACAAAAGCAUGAACGAGAGUUGUCCAAGAAGUCAACCGAUUCUAAAGCAAUCACUAAGGCACCAGUCGAGAUGACAUCUAUCCCUGGAACAUCUGGUCGAAUGGAGAAACGGCCCAACUUGCUUGCCAAGAACAGGGAAGUUCGCAAGUUACUUUUGUCUAAGCAAGUUGUCUAUAUUUUAUAUUGCAAAGAGGUGAUUUUACUUUCCCAUGAGGCACUCACUGACUUACCUCCUGAAAUUUCUUCUGUGUUGCAGGAAUUUGAGGACGUUUUUCCAGACGAGAUUCCAAGUGGACUACCCCCACUUAGAGGGAUCGAGCACCAGAUAGACUUCGUCCCUGGAGCAGCCUUGCCAAACAGACCGGCCUACAAGAUGGGUCCUGAAGAGAGUAAGGAGAUCCAGAGGCAAGUGGACGAGCUCUUAGAAAAAGGUUGGGCUCAAGAGAGCAUGAGUCCAUGUGCAGUUCCUGUCAUCCUCGUUCCAAAGAAAGAGGGCACCUGGAGGAUGUGUAUGGAUUGUCGCGCCGUCAACGCUAUUACAGUUAAGUAUCAUCACCCUAUACCUCGUUUAGAUGAUUUGUUUGAUGAAUUGUAUGGUGCAGUCAUAUUCACCAAGAUCGAUCUUAAGAGUGGCUACCAUCAAAUUCGAAUGAAGGAAGGGGACGAGUGGAAAACGGCCUUCAAGACUAAGUAUGGUCUGUAUGAGUGGUUAGUUAUGCCGUUUGGUUUGACUAACGCUCCUAGUACAUUUAUGCGUCUUAUGAAUCAUGUGCUUCGUCCUUUCUUAGGUAAAUUUGUUGUUGUUUAUUUUGACGACAUUCUGAUCUAUAGCAAGAGUCCUGAGGAACAUGUAGCACAUGUACGAGCUGUUCUUGAGGUUAGUGCACAAGGCAUUAGAGUGGACGAGAGCAAGGUCCAAGCCAUCACUGAGUGGCCCGUGCCCAGAACCAUGAGUGAAAUUCGGAGUUUCCACGGCCUUGCGAGCUUCUAUCGCCGGUUCGUGAAGGAUUUCAGCACUAUAGCUGCCCCUCUUACCGCAAUUAUCAAGAAGGAUGUGAAGUUCGAAUGGGGGGAAGCUCAGGAGAAGGCGUUCCAACUCCUUAAACACAAACUCAUACACGUACCCUUGUUGUCCUUACCUAGUUUUGAUAAAGCUUUUGAGGUUGAGUGUGAUGCUUCUGGUGUAGGAAUUGGAGCCGUGCUGAUCCAAAAGGGAAGGCCGAUCGCGUACUUUAGCGAGAAGUUAAAUGGUGCCGCCUUGAACUACUCCACCUACGACAAGGAGCUCUACGCUUUGAUUCGUGCACUGGAGACAUGGCAGCACUACCUGAGGCCUAAGGAAUUUGUCAUCCACACUGACCACGAGGCAUUAAAGCACCUCAAGUCUCAACAAAAGUUGAAUAAGAGACACGUCCGGUGGGUCAACUUUGUGGAGUCCUUUCCCUAUGUGAUCAAAUACAAGGCUGGCAAGACCAAUGUCGUUGCCGAUGCAUUGUCCAGGAGGUAUGCCUUGACUGCUUUACUUGAUGCUAAACUCCUUGGAUUUGAUCUUAUCAAAGAACUCUAG